AGAACUUAAAAGUACCUACCCAGUACAUACUAACGGACGUGUUCUCUGCAUCGUGGUUAUCGUUUUAGGUAAAAUAAUUUUCGUACGUAACUAUGUUACUAUCAGUGCGAUCAGAGCUUGCUAAAGCCGCUAAAUGGGAUGAUAGAUUUGCGCAAGCCUAUUGUAAUUGUUGGCAAAACAAGGAUUGUGCCUGUGGAGAGGAUUAUGAUGUUAUAGAAUGGAGUUGGGAGAAGAAAAAUGAUUCAUGUUAUGCAAGGAUCAGUGAGGACAGAAAAAUAAUUUGGUUUCACCCCCAGAGGAGUGCUGGCACUGCUGUAGUCAAGGGUGACACACCACUGCUACAUAAUCAUCACUACUAUUGGGAAAUAAAGAUUAUGUCUGAGACAUUUGGCACAGAUGUAAUGGUGGGUGUUGGCAGCGAUAAAAUGGACGCAACGAAUAGCCAAAAAUUCUUGUCUUUUCUCGGGAAUGACAAGCAGUCAUAUGGGCUCUCUUACAAGGGUGCGUUGCAUCAUGAAGGGAAAGUGUGCAUUGAAACCCAGGGAUUCUGCGGUGGCGCUCUAGUCGGUGUCAGGCUGGACAUGUGGCAGGGAACACUUGAGUACUAUGUUAACAGGAAACCCCAAGGAAUAUCGUUCUACAAUCUACGGUGUCACUCCGAGCUGUAUCCAAUGGUUUCCGCCACGGCCACGGGGAUUGUUAUGAAACUCACAUACGCUGCGUCUUGGCGCGCCUCCCUGUUCGUCGACGCUGCCAAGAUCCUGGCCGCUUCCCUUACCAACAAGGUGCGAGAUCGGAUACCACCCGGUCUGAGAUUUCCUUUGAAGUCCUACUUCUGGCUCACAAUGCCGACGGAUGGAAAGGUAGUAAAAGAGGAUAAUCCGAAACCUGGGGCCUAUAAGGACCUGGCAUAUGGCAUUCGUCGCCAGUUGCGCAUGAGACCGUUGAAACCGAGACGACCGCGACGUUCCGGAGCGCCAUUACUUCCUUUUUUAUAGGGAUAUUAGAUAUAUGAAUAGUAGGCUGUCAGCACACUUCGAAUCCGUCUAUUUAUAGCUGUCUAUAUAUAACUAUUUAUCGACUGGUGCGGAUUUAAAAACAUCUCAAACAGUUAUUAAUCAGUAUUUAUUGAUCAUUAUAAUUUAUUUUAAGUGAUAGUAAGGGAGACCCGGGCCGGUUGGCUUAGUUUCACAUAUUUAAUCUGCGUAUGUGUAUUUUAUAGAACAAAUUAAAAGUAAAACGAAGUAGCGGUAGAUUCAAUACGAAAAAAAAAUUUUUUUUACAUUCAUUAGUGUCAUUUUGACCGUGACCUACAUGAAUGAAAUAUUAAAGAACUGCUUUUUUUCUUUAUUAGGAAGAAGAGAACACUAGAUUAUUUGUUUAUGCGGGCAUAUCGUCGUAUAAUUAAUUCGGUACUGAUUGUAUUUUACGAGAUAAGUUGCUUAGAAUUAUUGACUACUAACAAAUGACGCGCAACUUGAGUAUAAUUUCUUAUUAACCAACAAUACUAUGCCUCUUGAAUUUUUUGACUUCUGGUUAUAAGUACGCAUGAUAACAUUUUUUACUGAUCCAAGCAACAAAAUUCAUAAUUUUGAAGUAAAGAAAACACUGCAUAACUUUAAUUUUUAACUUUAUUUAUAUUUUUAUUUUAUUAAAGAAGAAAACAUGUGAAAGAGUAGGUUUAAUAGGAUAUUAAUCAGUCUCUGAGGCGGUGCUGUCUGAUCCGGUUAUUUCAUCCAAGUUAUUAUGGAAGGCAUGGUACGUUGUUGGUAUUUUACCUUUUUGGCAUAGUUCUUUUAAAUCUUUAAGUUUCCCUUUUUCAAUUUUUUGGUAUACAGUUUACCAAUAUCUACUUGAUUUUGCAUCCUCUACCGGCAAAUCUCUUACCGCACGUAGAAACAUGGAAGAUAUUAUUGAUUUUCGGUUUUGACCGGCAGCGGUAUCCGAGUAGAAGUUUAUUUCUUUCACCUCAGGCUUCAAUUCAGAUAGUAGUCUCCACAAACAAGUAGAAAUCUUUGAAGCUCCUUCCCCCUCAUGCCACAUGUAAUUAGUAGCAAGAGAUGUUCCUAGUUCAUAGAUUGUAAAAUUGUAGGUUUUUAACUUCUUCUUAUAGUAUAACUGACCGAUUUGCAAACUAGAAGUCACUGGAACUUUUUCCAAAUCCAUCGCUAAGCAUGUGAAACUAGGAUCUUCUUUAGCUCUUACUUUAUCAUGCUCCUUAUGAUCUCUAGCUUCCUCCUUUCGCUUCAAAUGAAGGUUGUGUUCGUUUUGAAUGAGUUCUUUUUCAUCGGGUGACAUAUUUUUGACCUGUGUGCAAUAAUCGCAACUGGUCUUUUUUCGGUUUAUGGAAUCCGUAGUUGAAUUUAUUUGUGAAUAUUUGCUUAUAAUAGCUAGCCUUUUCUGGUACAAGUUGCUUUUCUUUACAGAAUUCCAUAUAAUCGAAAUACAGUCUAUUUUCACUUAGGCCUGAAGGAAGGUAUUUUCUUUUUGUGCUACUUCUGCAGUAGUGGGACGAUACAACUGGGAUUUGAUAUGAUCUCUGAUGAUGUUUUUCACAUCUUCAGAUUUUUUAUUGGGUGGUUCUUUGUGGCCUCGUUUGUCAGCUUUUAUUGUACCUGCAGGUGUUUUUUUUGCAAGAGCAGUUCUUACCUUUUGUGCGGAAAUAUCAAAGGUGGCCAAAAAAAAAAGAUUUACAAACUUGUGUUUCAUUACCAUCACAUUCCAACUUGUAAACGAGUGUGUUAUUUAUUUUGCAGUCAUUACCACCUUGAUAUCGCCUUUUUACAGGCAUAGUGUUCACACGCUUUGCCAGAAAACUCCAUCCCAACUGAUCUGACCCCAAUUUGAGAUACUCUGUUAAGAGUUCUUGUCUUUUUACUAUAGAUAUUUUGUCAUUACAGUUAUAGUUACAUUUACAAUUUAUUUCCUUUACAGUGUACAGUGCAAUAGCCUUAUCAUAAAAUGCUACUUCGAUAUAAUUUCUUCCUUCGACACCUUCCUUCUUAGCAUGUAUCAACAAUUGCUGUGCACUCAUUCGAGAUAUCAAUCUCCUGGUAAAUGAAUGCACAGUAGCUACUUACUUAACUAAACAAGCAAUGAAUUCUAUUCUAUUCUAGCAAAUUAAUAAAUAGGCAAGUAAAAAAAAUUUAUUUACUUACUUUGUAGGUUAUCCUCACUAUCACUACGCGUGAUUAAAACCGCUGCUUCCAUAAAUUUUUUCAUCCGAGAGGACCUCAUUCUAACUAAUUAAUAUUAUGACGCCCAUAUACACCGAAUAAAGUGAUUUUAAUUGUAAAAUCCGAAAAUUCAACGCGCAUCAAAACCAGCCUGACAACUGUCAAACGUCAUACCAAACCAAACAAGGGUGCGUUCCGUUUUGAGCGUCGAAUUUGGCAAAUUUGGCCAGUGGUCAACUAUUCCAAGUGCGCUUGAGUUUUUUGACUACUGCAUGGGUGUUUGGAAGUGCCUCUGAAUUUUUGGGAGUCAAAAGGUCUUUACAGCAUAGAACUUUUGACUACUAUGCCUAUGUGGCCCAGAAUUAUUGACAAUUUUCGUAUACAGAGCUAAUACUAAUUUUGAGGCUUAGAAUGAUGGACCACUGUAGACUUUAAUCGAUUCUAAAUUGUUUGGUAUACCUAACUCAUUUUCACAAAAUUUGUGGGUUAGACUAGUUGACCUCCAAGGCGACGAUAUAGACUGUAUUACGGUAAAACUUACCUAUAUAGCCUUAGAUAAUUUAUACUUCUAGAUAGUCGGUUGCUGUUAGGCAACCGAUUAAAACAGCCAGGUUUCACACUGUAGUGUGCUGGCUACGUCUGACACUCGCGAUUUGUAUGACACAUUGUGUUAGUGAGCGUGCAUUGCUCAAAAUAAAGGUUAACUCAAUUUUUUUUCGACGUUUUCACAGCUGUCAUAGUCUAUCUAGACGUAUAAAUGAUUUAAGAAAUUAACAAUAAGAAUAUUUAUACAUU